CUCGACUUCACUACGCGCAACGACCUCCCCCAACGCAUGUAAAUACUGGCAUCCAAUGUAUUGAUAUAUCAAUUGCUACAAAGCGACGCGUGCGCAACCCUAUAUCACGCGUUUCCGACCGCAUACGGCUUGUUGCGUCCGAGUAGAAGACAAUGACUGAGCCAGCCAGGAAGAGAAGGAAGACAGCCUCGCCCGGAGGAGACCGACUGACCAGUCCGCUGAAGCAGCCGCCGCGCAGACCUUCUAUAUCGUCGCGCUCCUUUUUCAACGCCGAAGACCGACAAACAAGUCCACUGAAGGCUCCCCCUCGACGGUUUUCUAUCUCACCCACGAAGGGCACGCCUGCUAGAUCCUCGAGUCCUCUGAAAGAGCCACCGCGCAGACCCCCGCGAAGGCCUUCAUUUGCAUCGCCCACCAAAGCCAGUCUUUCGCGCGGGUACCCCGAUCUUCUCCAGCGACCUUCCUCAUCCGAUGCGACAGCACUCAACGGCCGCGCAGAUAUACUUGCGCGUGGGAAGCAGGCACGCGCCUUCAUCUUGGGCGAGCAGGGGGAUAUGGCGCCAAUAACAGCGGAGGAGGAUGCAAACGGAGCCGUCGCCGGAGCACAAUCGCCUCAUGUACGGAACCCCGUAUCACAAACCACGUCCCGCGCACAAAAAACACGCUCGAGAAAAGAGCGCUUAGCCGGCGAGACAUUAGAGGAGGAAGCAGCAUUGCCUGCGACACCAUCCCAUAGAGGCGCCGAAGAAGGGUACACACCGCGUCCCGGUCUCUUUUCCUCGCCCAAUAAGCUGCCGCCGCGCCUAAAAGAUCCCUCGAGAAUGUCGCGCACCCCAAGAAAAACACCUGCUGUGCAUCAGGACGGAAUAGAUGUGCCAAUGGACGGGCAGGUGCGAAACGUUGAAGGACUAGCUCAGCAAACACGGCAAGAUAAGCCACAGCCACCUGAUCCUGAACUCGAAGAGAAGAAGCGCGAGAAGGCUCGUUUAGAGAAGGAGCUGAGGCUCCUAGAAGAACUGGUCUCAAAAUGUGCGGAGGAGAUAGGAAGAUCACAAGCACAACCGGCAUCGUACGUGGGCCCGCCAGAAGAACGAGAGGCGCUGGUUAAAUUCAUCAAUGAGCUCGUAAAAAGCGGAGCAGAAGAGGACGAGGGUCAACCUCCAGCUCUGUCCUCGAUGCUAUGUUCUUUCCUGCCUUUCGCCACUCAACGGAUCGCUCCACCCAACCCACAGCCUGACAACCCCGUUGCGUCCCAUCAACCACUGGAGCUUGAAGACCCGCUUUCCUAUCUACAGAUGUUUACUUCGUUCGAAUUUACCACGAAACUGAACGUUUCGCGCGGGCAGAAUCCUCUCAUCUCGAGCCGGGUCCACCAAAGGCACCUGAUUGAUAUCACCGGCCCGCAGAGUCUUCUCACAGCGUCUAUCUCUAUAACGAUCGACACACUUAGCAAUGCAAUAGUCGACUUGAAUCUUCUCCAACUCCCUCACUGGGCCGAGCGCGAGCUAGGGGCCUUUAUGAGGGUGAGAGCGAAAGAAAAAGACCUUGGCAACGCCUGCUGGGCGGUUGGCUCGUACUGGGAAGUUAUAAAGAAGCGUGCGGAAUUCUGGCAUCGUUGUGAAAUCGCCUUUAGGCACCUCAUACCUGGACGAACAAGCGAUGACACUGAAAACAUCGACGUCCGAAGUAGAGGCAAACAAAGUCGCAUUCUCUCGCGACAAGAUCUGAGCCGGAAUCUUGGCCGCGACACCCUGGUGCUAGAGGACAGACAUGUAUCACUCAAAAUCAACUGGAGGAUUCGCUUUGAUUGGACAGGUGAGGCCGAGUCUGAGGUGGGUGUUGUCUCUGCCGUGCCGCGCGUCUGGCGCGAGGUGGAUAGCAAUGAUAGUUUUAAGAAGAUACCGGAAAUCUUUGAUUCCAUUCUGCAGAGCAAAGGCGUGUUCGCAGCAACGAAGACGAUGGCUGCUUUGCUGUUUUCUGAAUAAAUUUCUCGUCGUUUUAGCGAUAGCACAGUUAUUUGAUGUGCCGUAUGAUACCCUGGGAAGCGAAGGAGCGGUGUUUAGAUAAGGAAC